GCAGCUCCUGUGGUUCCCUUUCUGCAGCGACCUGGAGUCCCCUAGUAGCUGGGGUGAAGAAUCACCAUAGUCCGCACAGCCUCCUUUGUCCCUCAAGACCUUCCCUAUCCCCCCCCACCCCAACGUUCCCUCCGGUGAGCUCUCUGGAUACUCGGGGACCCAGGCCAGCGAAGGGCAGGAGGCCCGCUGCGCCCUCGGGAGCCCUGUCACAUAGUGAGUUUCACGUUCGAUAGGCCGCAGCUCCAGCCCUGCCGCUGCUCUGUGGGAGGAAGAGGUGGUGUUACAGCGCGGGAACCCACAGGCAUCCCUCCAGGGCGGUGAGCGGGUUGGGUGCAUCCCCACCCCUGCUGCUGCUCUUGUGGUUGUCAGGCACUGUCACCGACACACGGCAUCCCCGCUGGUGUCGCCAGAGCAGGGCUGCCCCAGGGGUGGGAGGCCAAAACCGGGACCUUCCCAAAGCAGACCGCCAGCCCCGUCUCCUGAGGCACCUCUGGGUACUUCCGAACCACCCACCUCUUGGCUCGCCCCCGAGCGCCACCAGUGGCUCCUUGCACACAGUAAGUGUCACCCAGCACCUCCUGAAAACAAAAAGCCAAAAGCCCUUGGCCAUUACGCUGAGUUGAUUCUGACCUUGCAGCACCCCGUAGGGCAGAGAAGUGCUCCGUGCCGCUGCGAGCUUCCGAGACUUGUCAGUCUGUAGGGAGCAGAAAGCCUCCUCUUUCUCCCAAGGAGUCACGGGCGGGUUUGAACUGCCGACCUUGUGGUGCACCACCCGAUGCUUAACACUGCGCGGCCAGAGUUCUGCUGUCUAAAUACACCCACGGGCUCUCUGUGGACCGAGGCAGGGGGCAGGCUGAAGCUGAGCACUGUGCCCCAGGCAUCUCACACCCCGUCAGCCACUCUCUCUGCAGCACUUCCAAACUCAGACCAGGGAGAGAGUCCCGAUGAUGUCGCUCUGAGAGUCACCCAGGGAAACAGCAGCAAGUUGUGCCAAGAGCCGGGGUUAGAAGGUGCGCAGGGCUCCGCGCAGGUGCGCAGAAGAGCUGCUGGUGUUUAAAGUUAGAGACCCACGUGGUGCCCCCUGUGAACACACAAUGUCGAAUGCCCACGUGUUUCUUGCUCCCACAGGGUGUGGCAUGGCAGGCAAGCUGGCAGAGGGCCACGGGGGAGGCACCUGCAGCAUCUAGCCACAUUUCAGUGCCCUCCGGUCCCUGGCAGACAACGCAGGGGGCCCCCGGCUGCCCCCCCCCCAGCCCCUGCUCUCGGGGCAUACCCCGCACGAUGGACUCCCUGGGGUACAACUGCUUUGUGGACCGAGAGAAGAUGGAUGCAGCCAUCCAGGACCUGGGCCCCAAGGAGCUGAGCUGCACGGAGCUGCAGGAGCUGAAGCAGCUGGCGCGGCAGGGCUACUGGGCGCGCAGCUACGCCCUGCGGGCCAAGGUAUACCAGCGGCUGAUCCGAGACAUCCCAUGCCGCACGGUCACACCCGACGCCAGCGUCUACAGCGACAUUGUGGGCAAGAUCGUGGGCAAGCACAGCAGCAGCAGCCUGCCCCUGCCCGAGUUCGUGGACAACACGCAGGUGCCCAGCUACUGCCUGAACGCGCGGGGCGAGGGCGCCGUGCGCAAGAUCCUGCUCUGCAUCGCCAACCAGUUCCCCGACAUCUCCUUCUGCCCGGCGCUGCCAGCCGUGGUGGCCCUGCUGCUGCACUACAGCCUGGACGAGGCCGAGUGCUUCGAGAAGGCCUGCCGCAUCCUGGCCUGCAACGAGCCGGGCCGCAAGCUGGUGGACCAGAGCUUCCUGGCCUUCGAGUCGUCCUGCAUGACCUUCGGCGACCUGGUGAACAAGUACUGCCAGGCCGCCCACAAGCUGAUGGUGGCCGUGUCUGAGGACGUGCUGCAGGUCUACGCCGACUGGCAGCGCUGGCUCUUCGGCGAGCUGCCGCUCAGCCACCUGGCCCGAGUCUUCGACGUCUUCCUGGUCGAGGGCUACAAGGUGCUGUACCGCGUGGCCCUGGCCCUCCUCAGGUUCUUCCACAAGGCGCGGGCUGGGCAGCCGCCCGAGCCGGACAGCGUGAGGCAGGACAUCCGGGCCUUUGUCAGGGACAUCGCCAAGACCGUGUCUCCCGAGAAGCUGCUGGAGAAGGCCUUCGCCAUCCGGCUCUUUUCCCGCAAGGAGAUCCAGCUCCUGCAGAUGGCCAACGAGAAGGCACUGAAGCAGAAGGGCAUCACGGUCAAGCAGAAGAGUGUCUCCCUUGCUAAAAGGCAGUUCGUGCACCUGGCCGUCCACGCGGACAAUUUCCAUUCGGAGAUAGUCAGCGUGAAGGAAAUGCGGGACAUCUGGUCGUGGGUCCCCGAGCGCUUCGCCCUCUGCCAGCCCCUCCUGCUCUUCUCCUCGUUGCAGCACGGCUACAGCCUGACCAGGUUCUACUUCCAGUGUGAAGGCCAUGAGCCCACCCUCUUGCUCAUCAAGACCACGCAGAAGGAGGUGUGUGGUGCCUACCUGUCAACAGACUGGAGGGAAAGGAACAAGUUCGGGGGCAAACUGGGCUUCUUCGGAACAGGGGAGUGCUUCGUGUUUCGGCUGCAGCCCGAGGUCCAGCGCUACGAGUGGGUGGUCAUCAAGCACCCAGAGCUGACCAAGGCGCCCCUGAUGCCCCCGGAGACCACGCCCACCCCCGCCGUCUCCACUGAGCCCGCCGACCGCCUCUCGCCCUUCUUGUCCGCGCGCCACUUCAACCUGCCCUCCAAGACGGAGUCCCUGUUCAUGGCGGGGGGCAGCGACUGCCUCAUCAUAGGCGGCGGGGGCGGCCAGGCGCUCUUCAUCGAUGGCGACCUGAACCGGGGCCGCACGGGCCACUGCGACACGUUCAACAACCAGGCCCUCUGCUCCGAGAACUUCCUGGUGGCAGCCGUUGAAGCAUGGGGCUUCCAGGACCCUGACAUCCAGGCCCACGGCCAGUGACAGAGCCUUCCCGCACGAGCCUGGACCAGCCACGGGGCCCCAGCAACAUCCCCGCCACGCUGUCGGAGCUGCCCCCGGCCACGCCCAGCAGCCUGUGUCCGACCAGCCGUGUCACUGGUGUGGCAGGGCCCCAUGCCCCCAGCCCCCUCCCACGCAUGCACUCCUCCAUCUCAAACGGAACCCUCCCUCCUGGGCCUCACACACUGCUGACCCUCGUCCUUGGAUGGCAUGCAUACACAGCCGCCACAUGGCACAGCAUGGCCAUCAAUCCUGCGCUGGCGGACAGCGGCGACAGGCAAACACGUGCAGUCAGGACUCCGGAGGACGACCCCUCCCAUACCCGUGACCCCUCAGCUGGUCCUGAGGGCCAGCACCAUGGGAAAGGGGCAUACAGGCUGUGCUGACCCGCCAGCCUAGGGAAGCCCUGAGACCUGCCACCCUCAGCCCCCACCAUAUGGCCUCCCGGUUCCCCCUCACUCCUCCCAUGGGGAUCGGCCCCCCCACCCCUCCAACUGAAGCCUCCCCCAGAUGGGGCCACAGGGGUACAGGCAGAAGACCAGGAAGCCAGCAGUGAUGUUGAAAGUCAGUUUCCCCAACUAUGAAAUUGACACAGUCCUGGCUGCCAGGCUCUCUUGUGGGUGGCUCCCCCCGGGUGGGCCCCCCCCUCCUCUGAGCCCCCAACCGUUGCCUGUACUGCCAAGUUAAAGGAACAUUAAACCGUGCCUCGUUACAUCGA